GCGGCGGUGAUAAAGCCCCCGCGCUGCCUGGCCGGCUAGUGCAGUGGUUGCACCGGAGCGCGGGCUGCAAGCGUCACCACCGCCUGUCCCCCACCGCCGCGCCGACCUCCUUCCCGGCUCCGGCCGCCACCUGGGGAUCCAAGCGAGGACGGAUCUGGAUUUAAGCCCCAGCUGGAGAAGUCAGCACCCUUACUCAACUCCCUUGUGCCAGGAAAGGCCACCAGCAAGCCGGAGCAGCCUUCUCCUUGGCUGUCCUUGUUGGAAGGAACCAUGAAUUGGCAUUUUCCCUUCUUCAUCUUGACCACAGUGACUUUAUCCUCUGUGUACUCCCAGCUCAACUCUCUGUCACUCGAGGAACUAGGCUCUGACACAGGGAUCCAGGUUUUCAAUCAGAUCAUCAAAUCACAGCCUCAUGAGAACGUUGUCAUUUCUCCGCACGGGAUUGCGUCCAUCUUGGGCAUGCUGCAGCUGGGGGCUGACGGCAGGACGAAGAAGCAGCUCUCAACGGUGAUGCGAUACAAUGUGAACGGAGUCGGAAAAGUGCUGAAGAAGAUCAACAAGGCUAUUGUCUCCAAAAAGAAUAAAGACAUUGUGACCGUGGCCAAUGCUGUGUUUGUCAGGAAUGGCUUUAAAGUGGAAGUGCCUUUUGCAGCAAGGAACAAAGAGGUGUUUCAGUGUGAAGUACAGAGUGUGAACUUCCAGGACCCGGCCUCUGCUUGUGAUGCCAUCAAUUUUUGGGUCAAAAAUGAGACGAGGGGCAUGAUUGACAACCUACUUUCCCCAAAUCUGAUCGAUAGUGCUCUUACCAAACUGGUCCUCGUUAACGCAGUGUAUUUCAAGGGUUUGUGGAAAUCCCGGUUUCAACCUGAGAACACGAAGAAACGGACCUUCGUGGCAGGUGAUGGAAAAUCCUACCAAGUACCCAUGCUAGCCCAGCUCUCCGUGUUCCGCUCUGGGUCUACCAAAACCCCAAAUGGCUUAUGGUACAACUUCAUUGAGCUACCCUACCAUGGUGAGAGCAUCAGCAUGUUGAUCGCCCUGCCAACAGAGAGCUCCACCCCACUGUCCGCCAUCAUCCCUCACAUCAGUACCAAGACCAUCAAUAGCUGGAUGAACACCAUGGUACCCAAGAGGAUGCAGCUGGUCCUGCCCAAGUUCACAGCUGUGGCACAAACAGAUCUGAAGGAGCCACUGAAAGCCCUUGGCAUUACUGAGAUGUUUGAACCGUCAAAGGCAAAUUUUGCAAAAAUAACAAGGUCAGAGAGCCUUCACGUCUCUCACAUCUUGCAGAAAGCAAAAAUUGAAGUCAGCGAAGAUGGGACCAAAGCCGCAGUAGUGACAACUGCAAUCCUAAUUGCAAGGUCAUCGCCUCCCUGGUUUAUAGUAGACAGGCCUUUCCUGUUCUGCAUCCGACACAAUCCCACAGGUGCCAUCUUGUUCCUGGGGCAGGUGAACAAGCCCUGAAGGACGGACAAAACAAAAGCCACGCAAAGCCAAGACGACUUUGCUCCGAAGAGAGACUCCCUUCCCCACAUCUUUCAUAGUUCUGUUAAAUAUUUUUAUACACUGCUUUCCUUUUUUGAAACUGGUUCAUGGCGACAGUUAAGUGACACAAGUGUUUCUGGUCAGGGCUGUGUCAGAAGAAAGGGCAGGAUGGCUGGGAUGCUGUACGGAAGAACGAAGAGGCGGGUUUCAGGACGUCUAGAAGAUUUCUUUAAACUACUGAUCAGUUACCUAGGUUAACAACCCUCUCGAGUAUUUGCUGUCUGUCGGGUUCAGCAUUUUUGUUCCGUUCUUGUGUAUAUGUGUGACGUUCCGGGAGAGGUUUAAUCAGUGUGAUAGGAGGGGGGAAAAAGACAUUUUAUAGUAGUUUUUAUGUUUUUAUGGAAAACAGUAUCAUUUGCCUUUUUAAUUCCUUUUCUCUCACUUCCACCCGAAGGCCAGAAGGUGGUGAGGUGGUGAGGGGUGGAGCUAGAAAAGCCGUAGCCUCUUCGUGUGUUGUUUCCGUUGCUGUUGCUAUCGCUGUUUUAUAUACUGCAUGUGUUCACUAAAAUAAAGUUGGAAAACUAACGUCUCGCUGGACACAAUUUGCUGUCGAGCCACGUGCCUGUCACUACUGGUCUGUACUCUUUGGAUUGGCUUUUUUUUUUUUUUGUAUUUUGUAUAAAGUAAAAAGAAAUAAAAGUGUUCCGAGUAGUAAAAAUUUAAA